AUGGUUCUUGGCUUUACCGUGGUCCCCCUGUCUGAGGGUUACGCGCCUCCUUUCGCGUCAUCACGCCUGACCUCCCGGUAUCUUUCCGCCCCAACCUCCCCCACCAGCAUGUCCUACUCGCAGAGCAGCACGGGCUCAACAAACGGGAUGGCCUACAACAUCCUAAACGCCUCCCAAUCCCUCUCUUCCACGCCUCGCGCCACUUCUCCGCCCCCGAAAGGUUCCCAACUGUCUUCAUUCAUUCCGAGUGGCCUUCCUCGAAGCAGCUUGGGAGGCCUGGAUGGCUCCAAUGAUUAUGGAACGACGUCGCACCAGGAUGAUUACAAGCCACAAAUCUACCGAGCUGUUUACUCUAAUGUCUCGGUGUAUGAGAUGGAAGUCAAUGGGGUCGCAGUGAUGAAGCGUCGGUCCGAUUCGUGGCUGAAUGCUACCCAGAUCUUGAAAGUCGCUGGCGUCGUCAAGGCCAGAAGAACCAAAACCCUCGAAAAAGAAAUCGCCGCCGGAGAGCAUGAAAAGGUCCAAGGCGGUUAUGGCAAAUACCAAGGGACAUGGGUGAACUACAACAGAGGAAUCGAUCUGUGUCGCGAGUACCACGUGGAGGAAAUGCUGCGACCAUUGUUGGAGUAUGAUAUGAGCCCCGACGGUUCGGGUGGUUUCGCCCAGGGAACCAUUGAUACGCCUACAAAGGAGCAGGCGAUGGCAGCACAGCGCAAACGGCUCUACAGUGGCUCGGAGAAUCGCAGCACGUCUCAACCACAGCAAGGGACGUUUUUCCAGAACAUCUCGCGCACCGCGGCGACGGCUGUCAAUGCUAUCAGCAAAGCUCGGUUCGAUUCUCCGAGUGCGAAUAGUCGUCGACCCAGCGUGAUUCGCAAACCAUCCCAGCAGAUGAGCAGCCAGGAGUCCCAAAUGCCAUUCAGCAGUCAGCAAAGCAUGUACAGUGUGUCCGACAGUGGGUUUGCCAGUCUACAGAAUAGGUACCAGACACAAGACGACCACGACGACCUCGCGGAACCCCCACGCAAGCGCUUCCGCUCUGCCUCAAACCAAGGCCACCCUCUUGGAUUACCCCGAGAGCCAUCGAACUUGUCAAUGCAUGAGCCUACGCCGACAGAACCCAACGAAUCCUUCUACCAAGACAUUGAUCUCCCCCCACCACCUAUGGAUGACGAUCAGAAGCGUGGUGUGGAGGCUCUUGCUCCUGCCUCACAUCCAGAAAGAUUCCAGAAGAUGAAGCUGAUCAUGACGCUCUUCCUGGAUAAGCGAACCAAGGACUUCACUACCCACCCAGCCCUGAUGCAGCUAAGUGGCGAAGACCUGGAGAUUCCUUUGGAUGAGUACCGAAAUAACGCCCUGCAUUGGGCUGCGAUGCUUGCGCGCAUGCCCCUCGUCAAUGCGCUGGUUGCCAAGGGUGUCAGUAUCUCUCGAGUCAAUGGUGCUGGAGAGACAGCAUUGCAAAAGUCGGUAGGGACCCGCAAUAACCUUGACUACCGAAGCUUUCCUCGCUUGCUCCAGGUGCUUGCCCCUACCAUCGACAUGGUUGACUACAGCGGACGAACCAUUCUACACCACGUCGCCGUGAUGGCGGCCACUGGUGGUGGAGGCCAUGUGUCUGCGAAACAUUACCUGGAAGCCCUGCUGGAAUUCAUUGUACGUCAUGGCGGCAUUGUGCCGGCCGUAAAUGGCGAUCAGACACAGAAUGGAUCACCCGGCAGUGAUGUCAUCUCUCUGGGACGGUUCAUCUCAGAGAUUGUCAAUCUUCGUGAUGAUCAGGGCGACACGGCCCUUAACCUGGCGGGGCGGGCACGCUCGGUCCUGGUCCCGCAGCUGCUGGAAGUGGGCGCCGAUCCACACAUUCCCAACCACACCGGACUUCGGCCUGCAGAUUAUGGGGUUGGUGUCGAUAUGGUGGAUGGUAAUUCACAGUCCCAGCAAGCUGGCGACCGAAGUGACACGUUUAUUGAUCAGCUGGCCAAGUCAAAAAAAGAGAUCCUCGAAGCGACAAUGAAUCAAAUCAGCUCCAUGGUUGAGGAAGCGCUAGGGGGUAUCGAUCGGGAACUGGCUUCAAGCCUAUCACAAAAGCAAGAAUCGUUCAAUCACUGGCAUGCAAAGAUCCGCGAAUCUGCCAAGGCUCGACAGAUCGAGCAGAAACAGCUGGAUGAGCUGAAGCGGAGGGGCUCAGAUCGAGUGGAAAUUGACCGACGGAUCAAGAAUCUCGAACGGUCUUCUGAGGGCUUGUUGGUGACACUAAAGGAUACACCAGGCUUCGGCCUGACCAACACGUUUGUUGUCGGUGAUGCAGACCAGGAUUCUGGUGUUGAUGCCGCGGCGUUUGAGACCUUAUUUUCGGAGAAGUUUGACCCUGCUUCCGGCUUUUCGGAACAACAGAUUGCCUUCUUGGCCGCGCUGCCAGCCUCGAAUCUGCUCAAACAUCGAGCCCAACGCUAUACAGAGUUCAACGCUGGACUCCUGGCCGAGGUUGAUGGAUUGAAAGCGAAGAACGCAGUUCUGGGGCAAAACUACCGCCGCAUGGUGAUGGCAUGCACGGGCUGGACCGCAGAGCAGGUCGAUGAAGCUGCAGAUGGCCUGACGCAAUGCGUCAAAGAUUUGAACGAUAAUCCUGUUCCUGAAGACGAGGCGAUUGAGAUUCUGAUGCGGGAUCGUGGGCAGGACUGGUAG